AUGGCCGACGAAUCGAAUGUAUCAUCAGGCGGCAGUGCCACUGCGGCGGCCGGUGGCGACAGCGCCAACAACAGCAGCUCUGCAGCACCAGCGGCGACUUGUGCGCAACCGGCAGCACCUCGUGCCACCGCGGAAUACAUCAAGUUGAAAGUUGUUGGACAGAAAUCCUAUGCCGAACGUGUAGGUGUCGCUGUCGGCUCUUUGCGUUUCCUGUUCGAUGGCCGACGUAUCAACGAUGAUGAUACUCCGAAGACUUUGGAAAUGGAGGAAGAUGAUGUUAUUGAGGUUUAUCAAGAACAAGUUGGCGGCAUUUGUAUUGGAUCUUGGGCACGCUGA